AUGUCGCUCGUCUCCGGAGAGAAGUCUAACUUCCAGUACAUCAUCCGUUUGUUGAACACAAACGUCGAUGGAAAGCAGAAGGUCAUGUACGCCUUGACCAAGAUCAAGGGUGUCGGUCGCCGCUACUCCAACUUGGUCUGCAAGAAGGCCGAUGUUGAUCUGAGCAAGCGCGCCGGUGACCUCACCUCUGAGGAGCUUGAGCGCAUUGUCACCAUCAUCCAGAACCCUCUGCAGUACAAGAUCCCGACCUGGUUCCUCAACAGGCAGCGCGACAUUGUCGACGGCAAGGACACUCAGGUCCUCGCCAACGGUGUCGACUCCAAGCUCCGUGACGACCUCGAGCGCCUCAAGAAGAUCCGUGCUCACCGUGGUCUCCGUCACUACUGGGGCCUCCGCGUCCGUGGUCAGCACUCCAAGACCACUGGUCGCCGCGGCCGAACCGUUGGUGUCUCCAAGAAGAAGGGCUAA